GAGAGAAAGACAAGUGUAAUAAAGAGAGAGAGAGAGAGAUAAGAGAUUAGUUUAAUUAAUCUCUUAAUUAUACCAAAAUAAAAUAAAACUUUCUCUCAUCAUCCAAUCCAACCAAGUCUUCUAUUACAAUUCUCAUUCUGAGUUCUUGUUCUUGUUCUUGUUCAAGAUUUGUGACUUGUCUGUGUUCCAGAUUUCAGGAAAUGGAAUCGAUUUCGAGCUUCUUGUGGGUUAAAAGCUUGGAUCCAAUCUGAAGACAGAACCAAGUUUUCUUGAUUCUUGAGAAAGAAUGUUUGGAGGUCGACCUCGUGAUUCUUGUCUAGUUUCAACUCUUUUCACCAUGCCAAGCCAUGAUAAAGAAACGCAAUGGAGCUUUUUGGUUUCUGGGAAACGAUCUUUUCUCAGCAACGAUGAGAACGACCUUCACCUCAAGAAGAUGUACAAGCUCACUACUGACUCAACAAGCCAAGGAGGAGACGAUGAUGGAUCUUCUUCAGAUUCGGGAACGGGAACGGGAACGCUUAUCCCUGGGAUGAACAAAGACGAUUCGUUAAGCUGUUUGAUUCGUUGCUCUAGAGCUGAUUACUGCUCCAUUGCUUCUGUGAAUCGUAGCUUACGUUCUCUGAUCCGAAGCGGAGAGAUUUACAGACUCAGGAGGCUGCAAGGGACGCUUGAGCAUUGGGUUUACUUCUCUUGCCAUCUCAAUGAAUGGGAAGCUUUUGAUCCGAGAUCGAAACGGUGGAUGCAUUUGCCGAGUAUGCCUCAGAACGAGUGUUUCAGAUGCAGUCUUUUGACAAACUCUUGGUCUACUGGGAAGAGUAUGAACAUGCCUAGAUGUUUGUUUGGCUCUGCUAGUUACGGGGAGAUCGCGGUUUUAGCCGGUGGUUGUGACUCGAGCGGUAGGAUUCUUGAUACUGCUGAGAUGUAUAACUAUGAGGAUCAGACUUGGUCGGUGUUACCGGGGAUGAACAAGCGUAGGAAGAUGUGUUCUGGUGUGUUUAUGGAUGGGAAGUUUUAUGUCAUUGGUGGGAUUGGUGUUGGGGAAGCUAAUGAGCCAAAGGUUUUGACUUGUGGGGAAGAGUUUGAUUUGAAGACUAGGAAAUGGACUGAGAUACCUGAGAUGUCUCCACCGAGGUCUAACCAAGGGAACGGUAUGUCAGCAGCUGCGAUGGCUCCACCGCUUGUAGCGGUUGUGAAUGAUCAGCUUUACGCGGCUGACCAUGCUGGUAUGGCUGUUAGGAGGUAUGAUAAGGUGAACCGGGUUUGGAAUCAAGUUGGGAACUUGCCUGAGCAAGCGGGUUCGAUGAACGGUUGGGGUUUAGCGUUUAGAGCUUGUGGGGAUCAAGUUAUAGUGAUUGGUGGACCAAGGGCUCCAGGUGAAGGUUUCAUUGAGCUUAACUCAUGGGUGCCAAGUAAUGCAACACCUGAGUGGCAUUUACUCGGCAAGAAACAAUCAGUUAACUUCGUUUAUAACUGCGCUGUAAUGAGCUGUUGAGGAAGUGUAAUAAAACCCGAUGUAACGCACCAGGGGGAGAUUGUAGCCAGACGUCUUUAACAGGGUAUAAAAACACACAGGACUUUAUUAGUUUAACAAAUCUACAAAACGCCCCAGGGGAAACUAUUGUUCUGUUACUUAUUGUAAUUGUGUAGUUUUCAAGUUUCCUGUUGAAUGAAUCCUAUCUUUUGAUCUUACACUUCAAUGGAUCUUUCUCUUUACUCUAAUGAUCAUAAUCUACUCAAUUACAGCUCA